CAACUCGAUAAAUUAUUCUAGGUCGACUAGGAAUCCUCUAAUAAGAAGUAAAAUUUAUUCGAUAUAAACGUCGAAAAACGAAGGUGCCAUUAGAAAUAAAUCCGGCCAAGAGUGUGUUCAUACUCGCUUCCAAUUCAAGGGCUUGAUUCAGUCAAACUAACAAGACUAAAGCACUCCAUCGUUCUUACUACCCUUGUUCCGCCCGCAGUUCAGUUUCGAGAACCUGUGGCCGAUUUGGGUGCUAGACCAGUGAUGUGCAUAAUUUCUUUAGACGCAUGACCAUAUGGAUCUUGUAGACAGUGUAUUAUUAUUCACUCAGAGACAUGCAGUUGUUUGGGGAAUUAUUGAUAUGUUUGAGGCGUUUUUCAUUCAUGCUUCGUUCAGCAUUUGGAUACCCUUCUAAUUUGGUGAGCCUGCAUACUAAUCGUCCUUCCGUCUCAAUGGCUUCUCUGGAUCCUAUAGAUAUCAGUUCUUCAGAUAGUGAUUCAGAUUUACGUGAGAUAGACAAUUAUAGGGAUGAGUCUCCAAUUAGGGAUACCUCUUCAUCAGUUCCUCCCAGGAUACUUCCAGCAUGGAUGUCUCAAUUGGCAGUUCGUCAAGACCCUUCUUCUUCUUCUUCUUCUUCUUCCAAGAGGCAGAAUUUUGCUCAUAAUAAUAAUUCAUCAAGACCGCGUAAGCAUUUACACAUCACAGAGUCUUAUGGACCUUCAAGCUUGAUGAUUGAUGGUAAUAAUCGCCAACAAAACAGCUCAAAUAAUUCUGGUAGAUUGGUUACAAGCCCCAACAUUCACUCUUCUCAUCAAUCUUUGAAGAGGUCCCUUCCUACAUCUUUUCAGUCCUCUACAUCUAAUAUGCGAUCCAGCAGUCCAGUAGAAAAUGUUGUUGCAAGCGAACUUCGCGGCAUGUAUGCAAAUUCUUCUAAUGGGAAUAACUUGAUGAAAGAAAAUUCAAUCUGGGGCAGUGGGAGCAGUUCCUCAUUGUAUGAGAAAAAAGGAAAUAGAUUAUUGCCUCCAUCUUUGGUUCCUGGCAAGCAUACGUCGCCCUCAACAUUUGUUAGUUCUAAUGACCCUUUCCAUCAUACUGGAAUAAUUGAAGAAGGGCCUGCAGGAGCUGAUGAGAGUUUAGUUUUUCGAGCCGCCGUGCAGGACCUUCGUCAACCAACACUCGAAGCUAAUUUACCUGAAGGCCUCUUGGCAGUGCCUCUUCUUAGGCAUCAGAAAAUUGCUUUGGCAUGGAUGCUUAGUAAGGAAUCAUCUGGUUUAUGUUUGGGGGGGAUUUUGGCUGAUGACCAGGGCCUAGGUAAGACUGUGUCGACAAUUGCGCUGAUACAGAUGCAGAGACACCUUGAGAAAAAAGCCAAAAACAAAGUUUCUUGUAAUAGCAGGACAGAAGCGUUGAACUUGGAUGAUGAUGGUGGAAUUAGUGGUUUGAUUGCACUUGAUGAUGCAAGCCAGAUUAAAGAAUCUGAUGAUUUUGCGAUAUUACCACGGGAAAGUAAUAUGAUUAAAGGGUUCCGUAGCAGGAGGCCAACUGCAGGAACAUUGAUUGUUUGCCCAGCUAGUGUUCUUCGACAGUGGGCCCGGGAGCUGGAUGAGAAAGUUACAAGUGAGGCGAAACUUUCUGUUCUAGUUUAUCAUGGAGGCCAGAGGACUAAGGAUCCUGCUGCAUUGGCGAAGUAUGAUGCAGUUUUAACGACAUAUGCUAUUGUGACUAACGAAGUUCCGAAACAACCGUUGGUUGAAGAGGAUGAUGAUGAACAGAAAGAUGGAGAGCUAUAUGGACUGUCAUCUGCAUUCUCCAUGGAGAAGAAACGGAAGAAACCCUCAGCUAAUAAGAAGUCCAAGAAGGGGAAAAAGGAUAAUGAUGUGUCUGCAUUUGAUAGUAAUAGUGGCACACUGGACAGGGUGAAGUGGUCUAGGGUUGUUCUGGAUGAAUCUCAAACAAUUAAAAAUCACAGAACUCAAGUGGCUAGAGCCUGCUGUAGCCUUAGAGCGAAACGGAGAUGGUGCUUGUCUGGAACCCCAAUACAGAAUUCAGUGGAUGAAUUAUAUAGCUACUUCAGAUUUUUGAGAUAUGAUCCAUAUGAUAAGUUCAAAAAGUUUUCAUCCUCUAUCAAGUCCUUUAUUUUGAGGGACUCAGUUAAAGGUUACAAAAAGCUUCAGGUUAUCCUAAUGAAUAUCAUGUUGCGAAGAACAAAAGGUACAUUGAUUGAUGGUCAGCCUAUAAUCACAUUACCUCCCAAAAAAGUACAUCUGAUGAGGGUGGAUUUCUCUAUAGAAGAGCGGACUUUCUAUGAUAGGCUUGAAUCAGAUUCACGCAAACAAUUCAAGGAUCCUCCUGAAAAUGCAGUUGUCACAAUGUGUGGGCACGUUUUCUGCUAUCAGUGUGUCUCAGAUUAUUUGACCGGGGAAGAUAAUACAUGCCCCGCCUCUGCCUGCAAAGAACAACUCGGUGCUGAUGUUGUAUUUUCCAAAUCUACCCUAACGAAAUGCAUAUACGACGGGAUUGAUGGUGAUAACCCUGUUUCCAAAGAACACGGGGAGAAUUCUGUAGUUGUACAGAGUAACUAUGUAUCUUCAAAAAUCAAGUCUGCUCUCGAAAUUCUCAAGUCACAUUGCGUAUCAAAGAGAAGGCAGAGUUCCGAGUUAUAUCAUUUGGCCAGCACAUCAUCAUCAUCAGCCAAUUGUUCAGAGAGUACAGAACGUGAAAAGGCAAUUGUUUUUUCUCAGUGGACCAGCAUGCUCGACUUGGUGGAGAUGUCCCUCAAGAAUUCGUGUAUCAGUUACCGGAGGCUUGAUGGUACUAUGUCAAUACCUGCUCGAGACAAGGCUGUCAAAGAUUUUAACACUGAUCCUGAGGUUGACGUCAUGUUGAUGUCACUAAAAGCUGGAAACCUGGGCCUGAAUAUGGUUGCUGCUUGCCGAGUAAUCCUUUUGGAUCUAUGGUGGAACCCCACAACAGAAGAUCAAGCGAUUGAUCGGGCUCACAGAAUAGGACAAACCCGGCCCGUGACUGUAUCAAGGCUGACCAUCAAGGACACAGUUGAAGACCGCAUUCUUGCCCUUCAGGAAGACAAGAGAAAAAUGGUUGCUUCGGCUUUUGGUGAAGACCAAAGUGGGGGCCAACGCAGUCGCCUGACGGUGGAAGAUCUCAGGUUUUUGUUUGAAGGUCGUUGAAGAUUUUCGGGCAUUUGUGGCACCAGUGAUGAAACUUUUUUGGGUGGUGCUAUUUGUAAAAAGUCCGCUGUAGACUUUAAUUAGUUUUGUUUGCCUCUAGUUUUGUGACCAGAAACUCGUAAAAAAUGGAUCCAAAUGAUCGUACAUAUUUAUCUUUAUGUAAAAUGAAUAUGGUGCAUGCAAUGCAACUUUGGUCUCCGGAGUAUAGUAGUGUAGCGUUCGUUUUAAGGCAGGAGGCUUGGAGUUGGUAAUUUUGGACAAGUAGCUUGGACUUUUAGUAUUAGUUACUGAUUGAAUGAAUGACCAUCUUUUGGCCAAUCUUGUGUUCCAAUGUUAUCGAAGUUGGAAGCUUUAUUUUGUUGUUAUCCUACAGGAUUGAAUACAUGAUUUGCAUAAAUUGUUCUAUAAUAACAGACAGGCGAUUGCGAUUGAUGUUAACUUGAUCAAAAUGUAAAUGAAGCCUAUAUACAGUGGUCAAAAGGCCUAAUAGCAUGCCCAUAAAGAUAAAAUUCUCAUGAAAUCCAAUAAAUGCAUAUCAAUUAUCACAUUUGGGAAACUGGUACUGUAUACACACAAAGCUACAUGAUCAGGAUCAUGGGCACAAGCAAAACGGAGCCAUCACAUGGUAAUACAUAUGCUUUGGAGAAAGAAUUUAUCCAAUCCUCUCAUCCAAACUUCCAGCGGACAACUCUCAAAUUAAGCCUUGCUUGCUCAAAGUGGAUUCAGUUAAUACUUUGGAUACCAAAACAUGCCUUUAAUGCCGUCAGGGUCAGGCUCAAAACCUAGAUUCCGAUAGAAAUCCACAACUGCAAUCCAAA